AUGUCUGUGAAUGAGUAUAGGUGUAGGUGUAUAUGUAUAUGUAUAUGUCUCUACCCUUUUUUUCUUCAUAUACACAUCCUGUCAAAGGUGUGCAGCAGGACUGUCCGGAAGCUCGAGGUCAACGAGGUCUUGGAGGCUUUUGGACGCGAGCCACAGAGUGGCCUGGUUCGCGUGGAGUGCAAGGCUAAGGACGGUGCCAAAGGUUUCGUCACCGUGGCCGGCCUUGCCGGCACUACCUACUUGGAGGUCUACACACCCUUCAUGGCUUGCGUGAGAAAGGCAGAAGAGGCGCUCGCAGACUCGUACGAGUCGGUGUGCCAAACUGUAGCCUAUCUCGAGCAGAAGCACGAUGAGCUGCGAAGUACCCGCGGCGCACCUGCGCUGCAGGACCUGAAGGAGCAGCUCCAGAACCUGAGGGCACGCAUCGCUUGCGCACAAGUCUCCCACAGCGAUGUGAGGAACAAGCUUGCCGAGGCCAAGAACAGGCACGAACGGCUGCUAGAGGCGCUGAAGAAGAAGCGGCAACAAGCGCAGAAGAAGAUCACAGGCUUCAUCUGCAGCAGACAUCGAAAGGUUAGUGUGUCGCUUUGCCGUUGGGUUAUGUUUGGGCUGACACGAGGCGAGGCAUCCUCCACGGUUGACGGACGGAUCGCCAAGGCCGACCGCAUGGCUGCAUUGAAUGAAACUGAGGGAUGUCCCCACGUUGCACCUGAACAGCCGCGUUUCUCGGGACUGCCAGCACGGCCUGUGCAGUCCCAGUGUCUGCAUUGA